GAAAGAGGUUCUUUCGAAGUUUGAAAGUGAAGAACAUCUCUCCCAUAUUCCCAUGUCUCUCUUACUAGUGCGUAGCAUGGGACUCGCUUCUCUGGUCCAUAAUCGAUUUCCAUGGAAGUCGGAUUCAGUGCCUGUAAGGGUUUCCUCUCCUUCGCCAAUCCGAGCUCAGAUACGUUCCUUGGUCUUCUUCUCUCACCGGCUCCGUUCCUCUUGCUCAGUUAGUUGUCUUCGUCGUAGUCGUAGUGGUCGGAUCCAAUUCACCCCAAUUGCUUGCGCUAGACGGACUGAGCAAGACGAAGAUAUAUCCACUUCAGAAGAAACAGAGAGGACCAGUUCUGAAUCAUCUGAUGUCAUUAACAGUAACGAAAAUGCCUCCAACACAAUCCCAUCUGUUGGAACUCCAGGAGGGAAAAUUCAGGGACCAGACCAUGAUUAUGUUUCAUCUAUUAGAACUGUUGCUUUAUGUGUGUGCACAGCUGUGGCAUUUGGUCUUGGCGUAGGUUUGGUUGAUGGAGUUGGCAAGGCGUCUGAGUUUUUUGCAGGGUACUUGUUGGAGCAAAGUUUGUCGGUGGACAAUCUAUUUGUCUUUGUUUUGAUUUUCAAGUACUUUAAAGUGCCAAUCAUGUACCAGAGCCGGGUGCUUUCAUAUGGUAUUGCUGGUGCAAUUAUCUUUCGGUCGUCAAUAAUACUUCUUGGAACAGCCACACUUCAGAAGUUUGAGGCAGUGAAUCUACUAUUGGCUAUGAUACUUCUUUACUCAUCAUUCAAGCUGUUUACUGGAGAAGAGGAAGAGAAUGACCUCUCCGACAAUUUUAUUGUGAAGACAUGCCAGAAGUUUAUACCUGUCACCUCUGAUUAUGAUGGUGACCGGUUCAUAACAGUCCAGGAUGGCUUAUGGAAGGCCACACCUUUGCUUCUCACAGUAGCAGUUAUUGAGCUCAGUGAUAUUGCUUUUGCUGUUGACUCAAUACCAGCAGUUUUUGGUGUUACACGAGAUCCUUUCAUAGUUUUCUCUUCGAAUUUAUUUGCAAUUUUAGGUUUAAGGUCGCUGUACGUGCUUAUUUCUGAAAGUAUGUCUGAGUUGGAGUAUUUGCAGCCUGCUAUCAGCAUUGUUCUGGGUUUUAUUGGGUGCAAAAUGAUCUUGGAUUUCUUUGGAUACCAUGUGUCAACUGAGGUUUCUCUGGGUUUCGUAGCAACUAGUCUUAGUGGUGGGGUGCUGUUGAGUCUCAUGAAGAAGUCCCACUGAAGGAACUGAUGAAGAAAGAAGUGGUGGGAAGAUUUUUUUUUCUUCUCCCUUCGAGUACUAGUCAAGCAGCCAUGUUGCUCAUUUCCGUUUCCUUCCGAGUUUUCGGUCAAUCCCUGAAGAGAUAUACAUGGUGAUUGAAGGUUUCUCUAAUUGUUCAUAGGUUAAUUAUAGUGUUCAUUGCUCCAUGAUUACAUCAUUAACCAAGUAACCUAUGAACUCAUUGCUACAGUAGAUGGGUUUUUUUUGUAUUUUAGUUGCCUCUUAGGGAGCUAUGUAGUCUUGUAGAGUCGAGAGUCGAAAAAUGUUACAAGAGCAUCUGUACAAUAGUGAAUAAAAUUUGUACAA